ACUGCCCUUCUUGUGCUUGCUUUUUAACGCUGCGCCCGAAGAUGAGGAGUGGGAAGGCCUCUUGUGCGCUGGAGACCGUCUGGGAGGACAAGCACAAGUAUGAGGAUGCAGAACGGCGCUUCCAUGAGCAUGAGGCCACGCGAGCCGCCGCCUCCGUUCAGCAGCUCCUGGCCAAGGUGCCAGCUGUGAACGGGCCCAGCCAGGAGGACACAGAGGACGAGGCAGAGGCCCCCCACACCGACAGCAGGAGUGAUCCUAGGAAGAGCCACGAAUGCAAGAAGCCCCUACAGAAAAAGAGGAAGCGUUCCCCCAAGAGUUGGCUUGGCCAGUCAGACCUGGCCCUUGUGGGCCUCUCAGCUGACCACGUAUGGCUGGACAAGCCCCUCUUCGACCAGGCAGAAAGCUCCUACCGCCAGAGGCUGGCAGAUGUGGCUGCCCAAGCAGCCCAACCGCCUGCUCUGGCCCCUAGAGCCCCCUGUACGCAUGGAAGCCAUGUGGCCUGCCACCACGUGACCUGGGGGAUCUGGGUCAACAAGUCUUGUUUUGAUCAGGCUGAGCGGGCUUUUGUGGAGUGGUCUCAGGCCUUGCUGCUGGCGGUAGAGGGGAGCCGCAGGCAGGGGACUCCUGACACAGGCCAGCAGGCUGCCUCUCCUGAUCUGGCCUUGGCCUGCCAGCCUUGCCCACCAGCUAAUGGCCAGCCUCCUCUGGGCAGCCUGCAAGCACUGGUGCGGGAGGUGUGGCUGGAGAAGCCCCGGUAUGAUGCAGCUGAAAGGGGCUUCUAUGAGGCCCUAUUUGAUGGCCACCCCCCAGGGAAAGUACGUCUGCAAGAGCGAGCCAGUCAGGCAGAGAGUGCCCGGAGGGGCCGCAGAGACCGUCGGAGUCGCAAUGCAGUAGGAAACAAGCGAGCUGGGUCAAAACGGGCUGAUGGGGAGGCCCCCUCUUCUCUGCCCUACUGGUACUUCCUACACAAGGACGCAGAGGCCCCCUGGCUCAGCAAGCCUACUUACGACAGCGCUGAGUGCCGCCACCAUGCUGCUGAGGCCCUGCGCAUAGCCUGGCGCCUAGAAGCUGCCUCCCUGGCUCACCGACCCACGCCCCGUUCUGGCCCAUCCAUGUCCAACCUGAGACCCAACAGAAAAAUGGCUACAAACUUUCUAGUGCACGAGAAGAUUUGGUUUGACAAGUUCAAAUACGACGAUGCGGAGAGGAAAUUCUACGAGCAGAUGAAUGGGCCUGUGGCUGCUGGCUCCCGCCAGGAGAAUGGUGCCAGCGUGAUCCUCCGUGACAUUGCGAGAGCCAGAGAGAACAUCCAGAAAUCCCUGGCCGGACUCAAGGUGAUGCUGCCCAAAUCCCCUGAGGCCCUGGGCCAAGCCACCCCUGGGACUAGCUCAGGCCCUGGGGCCUCCAGUGGACCUGCUGGAGAUCAUAGUGAGCUCAUUGUACGGAUUGCCAGUCUGGAAGUGGAGAACCAGAACCUUCGAGGCGUGGUGCAAGAUCUGCAGCAGGCCAUUUCCAAGUUGGAGGCCCGGCUGAGCACUCUGGAGAAGAGUUCACCUACUCACCGAGCCACAGCCCCUCAGACCCAGCAUGUGUCUCCUAUGCGUCAAGUGGAGCCCCCAACCAAGAAGGCCGCCACACCAGCAGAGGACGAUGAGGACAAUGACAUUGACCUGUUCGGCAGUGAUGAGGAGGAAGAAGACAAGGAGGCGGCCCGACUACGGGAGGAGAGGCUUCGGCAGUACGCAGAGAAGAAAGCCAAGAAGCCCUCACUGGUGGCCAAAUCCUCCAUCCUCUUGGAUGUCAAACCUUGGGAUGAUGAGACAGACAUGGCCCAGCUGGAGGCCUGUGUGCGUUCCAUCCAGUUGGAUGGGUUAGUCUGGGGGGGCUCCAAGCUCGUGCCUGUUGGCUAUGGAAUCCGGAAGUUGCAGAUCCAGUGUGUGGUGGAAGACGACAAAGUGGGCACCGACUUGCUAGAAGAGGAGAUCACCAAGUUUGAGGAGCAUGUGCAGAGUGUCGACAUCGCAGCUUUCAACAAGAUCUGAAAGUUGGAGAGUGUGUGGUUCGUGUGUGUGAGGACCUAAUGAGAUUAAAGACUGAGACCCCGCA